AUGGCUCAGCAACUCGCCAAGAAGGACGAUGACCGCGACGAUGAAGCUGACUACUCCCCUUUCACGGGAAUUGAAAAGGGGGCAGUUCUUCAGGAGGCACGGGUUUUUAAUGAUCCACAGCUAGAUGCUAGGAGAUGUUCACAGGUUAUCACAAAGCUUCUUUACCUACUGAAUCAGGGAGAGACAUUUACAAAGACCGAAGCCACAGAAGUUUUCUUUGCUGUGACUAAGCUUUUCCAGUCUAGAGAUAUGGGAUUGAGGAGAAUGGUCUACCUGAUGAUAAAGGAGAUCUCUCCCUCUGCCGAUGAGGUUAUUAUUGUCACAAGCUCUCUUAUGAAGGACAUGAAUAGCAAGAUUGAUAUGUAUAAGGCAAAUGCCAUUCGAGUGCUUUGUCGUAUUACAGACGGAACCCUUCUAACCCAAAUUGAGCGGUAUAUAAAACAAGCAAUUGUAGAUAAGAAUCCAGUUGUUGCAAGUGCUGCCUUAGUUAGUGGCAUUCAUCUACUCCAGACGAAUCCUGAAAUUGUAAAAAGGUGGAGUAAUGAGGUUCAGGAAGCUGUUCAAUCAAGAGCAGCUCUUGUACAGUUUCAUGCACUGGGUUUGCUACACCAGAUACGACAGAAUGACCGGCUAGCUGUUAGCAAGCUCGUUAGCAGCUUGACAAGGGGAACUGUUCGCUCACCUUUAGCUCAGUGCCUGUUGAUUCGCUACACAAGUCAGGUUAUCCAUGAAUCAGGAAAUAAUACACAGUCAGGGGACCGCCCCUUCUAUGAUUAUCUUGAGAGUUGUCUUCGUCACAAAUCAGAGAUGGUGAUUUUUGAAGCUGCCAGGGCUAUUACAGAGCUCAAUGGUGUAACAAGCCGAGAACUAACUCCAGCAAUUACUGUCCUUCAGUUAUUCUUAAGUUCUUCUAAGCCAGUUUUAAGAUUUGCUGCUGUCCGCACCUUGAACAAGGUGGCAAUGAUACACCCAACAUCAGUCACUAACUGCAACAUUGACAUGGAAAGUUUAAUCUCUGACCAGAAUAGAAGCAUUGCCACACUUGCUAUUACUACACUUUUGAAGACAGGAAAUGAAUCAAGCGUGGACCGUCUUAUGAAACAAAUUACAAAUUUCAUGUCUGAUAUUGCCGAUGAGUUCAAAAUUGUUGUUGUUGAAGCAAUAAGAUCAUUGUGCCAGAAGUUCCCGUUAAAAUAUAGAUCUCUGAUGAACUUCCUGAGUAACAUUCUUAGGGAAGAGGGUGGGUUUGAGUACAAGAAGGCAAUUGUAGAUUCAAUUGUGAUUCUCAUUAGAGAAAUCCCCGAUGCAAAGGAAACUGGGUUGCUCCAUCUCUGUGAGUUCAUUGAAGAUUGCGAAUUCACUUAUCUGUCUACACAGAUACUACACUUCCUAGGAAUUGAAGGGCCAAAAACAUCAGACCCCAGCAAAUAUAUUCGUUUCAUUUAUAAUAGAGUACAUCUUGAGAAUGCAACAGUUAGGGCCGGUGCUGUGAGCACACUGGCAAAGUUUGGUGCUGCAGUCGAUGCAUUAAAGCCGCGCAUAUUUGUUCUGCUGAGGCGAUGUCUUUUUGACAGUGACGAUGAGGUCCGUGAUAGAGCAACCCUUUAUCUAAACACACUUGGAGGUGAUGGUUCUGUUGUUGAGACUGAUAAUGCUGUAAAGGACUUCCUGUUUGGGCCAUUUGAUAUCCCACUUGUCAAUCUGGAGACUAGUUUGAAAAAUUAUGUGCCUUCAGAAGAGGCUUUUGACAUUGACUCUGUGCCCAAGGAAGUCAAAUCUCAGCCACUUGCAGAGAAGAAAGCCGCUGGGAAAAAGCCAACUGGUUUGGGUGCUCCUCCAAGUGCUCCCUCAUCAACUGCUGAUGCAUACCAGAGGAUGCUUUCAUCUAUUCCAGAGUUUGCUAACUUUGGCAGCCUGUUUAAGUCCUCAGCACCUGUGGAGCUCACUGAAGCAGAGACAGAAUAUGCAGUUAAUGUCAUUAAACACAUUUUUGACAGGCAUGUUGUGUUCCAGUACAACUGCACAAACACGAUACCAGAGCAAUUAUUAGAACAUGUUAUCGUAUUUGUGGAUUCUUCAGAGGCAGAUGAAUUCACAGAGGUGUUCUCCAAGCCUCUCAAGUCUCUUCCUUAUGAUUCACCUGGACAGAUUUUUGUGGCAUUUGAGAAGCCCGAGGGCGUGCCAACACUUGGAAAGUUUUCUAAUGUUCUGAAAUUUAUUGUUAAAGAGGUUGACCCAACCACUGGUGAAGCUGAAGAUGAUGGUGUUGAAGAUGAAUAUCAGUUGGAGGAUCUGGAUAUUGUUUCGGCAGAUUACGCGUUGAAAUUAGGGGUAUCUAAUUUCAGGAAUGCAUGGGAAAGCAUGGGCCCUGAUUUCGAACGUGUGGAUGAGUACGGUCUUGGUCCUAGGGAGAGCUUGGCUGAAGCUGUAAAUACCGUCACCAACCUUCUUGGCUUGCAGCCCUGUGAGGGUACCGAGGUUGUUCCACCCAAUUCAAGAUCACACACAUGUUUGUUGUCGGGUGUAUUCAUAGGUAACAUAAAGGUGCUUGUGAGAUUGUCUUUUGGACUUGAUGGUCCAAAGGAUGUUGCGAUGAAAUUGUCUGUCAGAUCCGAGGAUGAAACUGUCAGCGAAGCCAUUCAUGAGAUUGUAGCUAGCGGAUAA